UUAACCCGUGAAUUCUUCUCGAUUGUCCCGUACACGCUGGAGGACGGUUACGGUUACGCACAAGCGCGCAGACACCUCCGUGCGCCCGGAGGAGAAACGGUGACCAUGCCGUUCCCCUCGGUGAGCUCCUGCAAUGCCACGCACCAAAACUGCACCGAUAGCUCUAACUUUACGCAGCAGCUGAAGAGAAACGACACCGAUCCGUUCGGACGUAACGAGGAGGUGGCCAAGCUCGAGAUCACCGUGCUGAGCCUGGCGUUCGUGGCGGCGGUGGUGGGCAACCUGAGCGUGCUGCUCGCCACGUACCGAGCCCGGCGGAAACCGUCGCGCAUGCACCUGUUCAUGAAGCACCUGUGCCUGGCUGACCUGGUGGUGGCCUUCUUCCAGGUGCUGCCGCAGCUCUGCUGGGAGGUCACGUUCCGCUUCUAUGGGCCGGACUUCUUGUGUCGCAUCGUGAAGCACCUGCAGGUGCUGGGCAUGUUCGCCUCCACCUACAUGAUGGUGAUGAUGACCGUGGACCGCUAUAUCGCCAUCUGCCACCCGCUGCAGACGCUCCAGCAGCCCACGCAGCGUGCCUAUAUCAUGAUCGGCUCCACCUGGGCGUGCAGCCUGGUCCUCAGCACCCCGCAGUACUGCAUUUUCUCCUUGAGCGAGGUGCGCCCCGGCUCAGCCGUCUACGACUGCUGGGGACACUUCGUGGAGCCGUGGGGGGUUCGCGCGUACAUCACCUGGAUCACGGUCGGGAUCUUCGUGGUGCCCGUGGCCUUGCUCGUGUUCUGCUAUGGAUUUAUCUGCCGUACGAUCUGGAGGAACCUCAAAUACAAAACCCAGAGGAGAAAGAGCGCGGAGGCCAGCAAAAGCGGGAUGCUGAGCCGGAGCUCGGUGAGCAGCGUCAGCACCAUCUCCCGUGCCAAAUUACGCACGGUCAAGAUGACCUUUGUGAUCGUGGUGGCGUACGUGGUGUGCUGGGCACCUUUCUUCACGGUGCAAAUGUGGUCGGUGUGGGAUGAGACCUUCUCCUGGGACGACUCUGAGAAUGCCGCUGUGACGCUCUCCGCCCUGCUGGCCAGCCUCAACAGCUGCUGCAACCCCUGGAUCUACAUGAUCUUCAGCGGUAACCUGCUGUCGGACUUCGCCCGCAGCCUGCCGUGCUGUUGCCACCUGAGAAGCCGGUUCCACCACCAGGAUUCGGACAGCAGCAUCCGCCGGACCACGCUGCUGACCCGCCUGCAGGGUCAACGCCAUUCAGAGCCUUUCAGAGACCUCAACCCCACCCCCAAAAGCUGCCCGCCAAUCCCAUCUACAUCCUGACCCCCAGAAACACUACCUUUGUGUGUUUAUGUGUGUAUGUGUGUGCGUGUUUAGUAAAACUGCAGCAGGUUUGCAGCAGUGAGGUAAGGUAUGACAUCAUCUGAGGGUGCGUUCACACCUACCCUCUGUUUUCUUUGGUCCGACCCAGAGUGGGAAAGUUUACUCCAAGGGACAUUUUUGGUGUUUGGCUUGUUUGGGUUCACACAGCUGACGUUUAAUAACUCAUUUCCAGUCUGCGGGGUUGGAGACUGUGGGGAUUAGAUGGCAUCAAAACAAAUCUAGUCACUGUAGCUGUUAGCAUGAUGGCCUCGUCUGCACUCGCCUUUUACAUGUCAAAAAAUAAAUGUCCUCGUACCCACGAACACUGGUGCUGCAGGGCUGCCUACCUGAGCUCCAGGAGUAAAUAAAUGUUGUACAGUACAGGCAGUGUGGAUGUAUUUCACUUUGAAUGCACUAUUGGGUGUGUUUCCUUGGAGAGCUGCUCUCAUUGAAGUAUUUAAAGCAUG